GGGACGACUUGACGCUACACAGGGGCGACCCGGGUUCUAUUUGUUAUUGGUAGAUUUUGAUUCCAGUUGGGUUUGCAGCUCUGUCUCUGUUGUUUUUCGUCUUUAUUCUGGUCUUUUGACAGUUUUUGCUCCGUGUUCCUCUGUUUUCCAGGAGCAGUCAUGUUCCACAACAGUUCACAGAGGAAAUACUGGAUUUUUAAAAGUGAGGAUGAACUGGAGCAGAUGAGACACAGAGCCAACCAGAAAUUCAGAAACAAGAUCCACGAGAGCGGAAAGGUGACAAGUUAAAUAUCUACAAACAUGUUUUUAUAUAAAUAUCGCGUGUCAGUGUGAUUUACCCGUUUUGUUUCCCUGUGAAUCAGGCCGCUGCGAGCGCGAGCGUCUUCUUGGAGCGUCACGAGGAGGAGGUGUUGUUCCGGCACUAUGAGAGGAGGUUAAUGGACUUCUGCAGCAUCUUUAAACCCGCCAUGCCCAAAUCUGUGGUGGUAAGUCUGCUUCCGGUCAAGAGAAAGAGUCAUGCAACAGUCCUAUUAAGUAAAAAGUACUCUAUAAAAAAACCUCUUAUGUGGAGGUGCAAAUUAGUGUCUUAACUGUACAAAAGUCUGCAAACGUCCAAAAUUAUCUAAAGUCAUCUAAAUUUGUCUUAAUCUUAUAUCUUUAAGCAUUAUUUUGAAAAUUCUGUAAGAAAACAAUAAACUCGAUAAAUCUUGAUAAAGAAUAACUACCACCACUUUAAAUUUUAUAUUACCUAAUAUUAUAAUAUUACCUAAGAUGUGCAUUAUGACUGGUGAAAGGUAGAAUACUUCAGAAGUACUCUAGAUUAAUCGUAUUUGACUUUAAGUUAAGUUACAAAGGUUAGUGUGAUUAAAAGGAUUGUACCUACCUAAACUCUGAGUGAUCCCAAAAAAUGUAUUUUAUUAUUUAUUUUUGUGGAUUGGCUCACACCUGACUACCUUAACUGUGCUGUUUUUGUUUGCUGGUUUAAAUAUUUGAUAUAUUUCUUUAUUUUUGAUACUGGAAGAUCUGCUGUCAUGUGCUGAGUAAUGUUACAUUUUAUUUAACAUAUUUUUGUGUAAUGUAUAAGUCUGCCUGUAAAGUAAAAAGGACUUUCUUUGCAAUAUACUUAAAGUACUGAAUGCUGCCCUUUAACCCAUCGCAGUCAAAAUGGGGGGUUACAUAUGCCCCUGUAAUAUAAAGCAUAUAUCCCAUACUUAAUGGUGAUAUAUGACCAUGUGCAUUAACGUGCAAAGUGCGGCUGUCCAGAGUGAAGUUAUUAAAAUGUUUCUGCAACAUCUGUCAUCAGGAUUGCACUUUGUAGAUGGUCCAUACACACUUGAGUCAUGGCUGCUUGUUACCACAAGCCUUUUUCUUGAAACAAGACACCACACAUUGUUCAGGAACUUAUUGAGAAAUUUUUGUCUUAAAACAUCUUGAAAUGAGAUUUACAUUUGGCUCGGUCCUUUCAGUGUAGCAUAUGUACUGAGAUGAUUUGAUGAGAAAUGAUACAAACUCACUUGGUAAGAUUUGAGAUUUUUGCAGUGUAGACAUCAUCCAGUCACGUGGCUGCCAUGUAGCUGAUAAAAAGCUUGUAUUAUAUUGUAGUAAUAAUCUAAACCAUGUAUGUGUCUGGUCAGGGUACAGCCAUCAUGUACUUCAGAAGAUUCUAUCUCAACAACUCCAUCAUGGAGUACCAUCCCAGGAUUAUCAUGUGAGUAGAGAUGAGAGCAGAGAAAGCACCUCUUUGUUAGCUUCUUACCUUAUAUUGAUUCUCAGACUUUGUAUUUAGUAUUUGGGAUAUAUGGCCUGUUAUUAUUUGUAAUACAAAUACUUCUCAAAGUCUACACAAAUGUUCACAUUUUUCUUUCUUCUCAAGUUCCCCUUUGUGUUUCAGGCUGACGUGUGCGUACCUGUCCUGUAAAGUAGAUGAGUUCAACGUAUCCAGCACCCAGUUUGUAGGUAACCUCCUGCAGGAGACCCCAGCAGGGCAGGAAAGGGUCCUCGAGCAGAUUUUGGAGUAUGAGCUGCUGCUAAUCCAACAGCUCAACUUUCACUUAGUGGUCCACAACCCGUAUAGACCCAUGGAGGGGCUGCUCAUCGACCUUAAGGCAGGUGGACCUCCUAGAGAGCUUUAUAUGAUUGAUUUAUGAUUUGGUUCAUCAAGUAGUCGAGAUUCUAUGUAUGAUUUUUACCCAUCAGACAAGAUAUCCCAUGCUGGAGAACCCGGAGUCACUGAGGAAGAGUGCUGAUGACUUCCUCACACAGGCAGCAAUCACGGAUGCGGGGCUGCUGUUUCCCCCGUCUCAGAUCGCUCUGACAGCUAUUCUGAACAGCUCCUCAAGAGCAGGUCUGAGCAUGGAGAGGUGGGUCAUCCAGCAUGAUCGGACAAUAAUGAAGUGGGUUGAUCAGUUUUUUUUUUUUAAUCUUAGAUAAUUUAUAUAGCACUAAAAUUCUUCAAUUGGAUGAUUUUAUGAUGUCCAAAGUCUGUAUAAAUCAGUGUUUGAAGUCCAGUUACUAGUAAACCGUGUAAAGAAUUAUGAAACCAAGCAAAAAACAAAAAUCUUAAACCAAACUCCUGUCUUCCUUCGAAUAUUUUAAUCCCAAAAAAUGAUCAAUUUGUGUUUCUGUCUGAUCCACAGCUACCUGACGGAGUGUAUGGGACUGAAAGGUGACAAAGAGACUCUUUCAAAGAUGUAUGACUCAAUGAGAAGUGAGUAAGCUGUACUUUUGGUGUCACACCACAGGGUGGUGCUGUUGAGCUGCCUCGGGCUACAACAGUGUCCUGAAUGUUUUUUUUUUUUCUGUGUUCAUGCAGGAAUGAAAACCCUCUUGAAGAAGUAUGAACUCCCAAAAUCAGAGGAGGUGAAUGUUUACAAACAGAAGCUGGAGAGGAUUCACGCGGAAUUCAGUUCAAGCAAGUAAGGACAUGCAAGUUUGUACAUGUGCUACAGUACAGUGGAUAUAAAAAGUCUACACACCCCUGUUCAACUGCCAGGUUUUCGUGAUGUAAGAAAUUGACAGAAAAGAUAAAUAUUUUCACAACUUUUUCCACCUUUAAUGUGGCCUAUAACCUUUAAUAGAAAAGUUAAAAUAACCUGGUUGCAUAAAUAUGCUCACCCUCAAACUAAUACUGUGUUGCAGCACCUUUGGCUUUUAUUACAGCACUCAGUCUUUUUGGGUAGGAGUCUAUCAGCGUGGCACAUCUUGAUGUGGCAAUAUCUGCCCACUCUUCUUUGCAAAACCUCUCCAAAUCUGACAGAUUGUGAGGGCAUCUCCUGUGCACAGCCCUCUUCAGAUCACCCCACAAAUGUUCGAUGGGAUUCAGGUCUGGGCUCUGGCUGGGUCAUUCCAAAGUCUCAAUCUGAUUCCGGUGCAGCCAUUCUUUUGUUGAUUUAGAUGUGUGCUUUGGGUCAUUGUCGUGCUGAAAGAUGAAGUUCCUCUUCAUCUUCAGCGUCUUAGUAGAACGCCAAAGGGUUUUGUGCCAACACUGACUGGUAUUUGGAACUGUUCAUAAUUCCCGGCACCCUGACUAAGACACCAGUUCCAGCUGAAGAAAAACAGCCCCAAAGCAUGAUGCUGCCACGACCAUGCUUCACUGUGGGUGUGGUGUUCUUUUGGUGAUGAGCAGUGUUGAUUUUGCACCACAUAAACUUUUUGCAGUAAUGCCUAAAAAGUUUAAAUUUGGUUUCAUCAGACCAUAACACACUUUUUGCAAAAUUAAGCCGGGCUUUGAUGUUGUUCUUUAUAAGAUAAGGCUUCCGUCUUGCCACCCUACCCCAUAGCCCAGACAUAUGAAGACAGCGGGAGAUUGUUGUCACAUGUUCUACACAGCCAAUACUUUUCAGAAAUUCCUGCAGCUCCUCCAGUGUUGCUGUCGGCCUCUUGGUCGCCUCCCUGACCAGUUUUCUUCUUGUCUUAUCAUCAAUUUUGGACGGACGUCCUGUUCUUUGUAAUGUCACCGUUGUGCCAUAUUCUGUCCACUACAUAAUGACGGUCUUCACUGUGGUCCAUGGUAUAUUUAAUUCCUUGGAAACUCUUUUGUAGCCCUCCCCUGACUGAUAUCUUUGAAUGAGAUACCUCUGAUGCUGGACCACGGCUUGUGCUGAAGGAACAGCUGAACUUAAUUUGGGGUUGAUCAGAAGCUCUUUAAUUGGUGACAGGUGUGUGCUGACUCCAAUUAAACCUGAGUUUGAAUGUUAUUGGUUAAAUCUGAACACAACCACAUCCCCAGUUAUUACAGGGUGUGCACACUUCUGCAACCACAUGUUCGCAGUUGUUUGUUUUUACUUCACCUCCCUGAAAGAUUUCGUUUUUUUUUUCACUUGUGUUGUACAGGUAAUAGGUCACAUUAAAGGUAGAGGAAGUUGUGAAAUUAUUUAUCCUGAUUUAAUUUUUUUACAUGACUUUUCAUAUCCAAUAUAUCUUAAUUUUAAAAGUUUAAAACUUAAUAAAAUCCAUUUUACCUAGUCCUUAAAUUUGAUCAGAACUAAACUAUUGUAUUUUGGGAACAUUCUAAGAUGCAGCUGCAGUGAUUUUGGUUUGUAUUUCUAUCCGUCACUCCAAAGUAAGAAAGCCCAUCCUCCAUUUUCGUACAUAGUAACAGUUUUAUUGUAGCCAGGUUGUCAUAUCUAAGAUGCAAAAGGUUCAAGGUUCAGUAUCAGGUAGAAAAAUAAAAAGGAACACAUCAUCCGCUGUAUGAAAUACAGAAAGGAAGUACAAGAGCACGCCACAUUCCUACCUCCAUCAUCCAUACCAUGUAGCACAGCUGAUAUAUCGGUAUUGCUGAUGAGGAGACGUUCAGGCUCGUUUAUCUGUCGCCGGCUGUUUGUUUUAACACUUGGUGAGGUCGGUGAGGUCCGUGGUAUCUUAAGUGCAUCUACAGUAAACAGUUUGGUAAACUCUUGAGCUAUGACAGGCACAGAUUCUGACUUGAAUCAUCAGGAGGCACACGAGGCCAACCCUUAACAGCUAUGACUUGGAAGUUGACAAAUCUGUGCAUGGCAUGACUUCUCAGGAUGAAAUCUACAUGACAACAGUCGGUGCAGAAGUGUACCGAAACGCCACUCCUGCGAUGGCGGGAAAAAGAGACUGCAAACGCAUGAAAGCUUAUUUGUUCACACCCCAAAGCUUAAAGGAAGUUCAGGUGAUGUUAGAGCAGCAUAUACUGUAUGUAGGCCCACACACUGUAGCGGGAUCCAUUAAGGGUUAACACAUGCACAGGACAGGGUACAGAAAUCUCCUACAAACGCUAUCUUUCCCUCGACUAUUUCAUACACAAACACUUUUUUUUUUAACUUCUAUACAAGCCUAAGUUUAUAAUACCAGCAAACAAAGCAGCAUAUAUAAAAAGUAACAAGUGGUUCUGGUGCUGCGUGGAAGUUCAUACACAAAGACGAGUGGAAGUCUCGAACGAAGGAAGAGCUUUUCAUUAGAUCAGGAGAUCCAGGUGAGUGGAGGGCGUGUAGAAAGGGAGUUAAGGCUUGUGUCAUCUUGGAGAGAGGUGCUAUGUUUAAAUUCCCUGAUGACGGCUACUUCAAUGCUUUGGAUUACCUCCUUUAGUCCAAGAAAAGGGGUGCCAGAUCACGGCGGUCUGGUUCUUUAUCAAGCACCGAUUGUAACCAGUCAAAGUUCUGAGGGAAAGGCAGGCAUACCAGGAAAAGAAACAAAGUUCUGAUACGUCUUCAGUUGACGGUAUCUUAGGUCCAUCUUCAUCGAGAUCUUCAUCCCAGGUUUUUUGAUGAGGCUUCUGGUCCAAUUUAAUCAGUUCAACACACUGAAGCAUUUGAGUUAGGGCUUUGGAAGGAAAGUAGUCAAAUAUGCAGCAAGUGGUUUCCCAUGGAGAACAGCCAUAUUGCAUUUGAAACUGUCUUGAAUCUAGGCCACAUGCUCUUAUAAAUACAAACUGACUUUCAUCUUCGGUCUCAGGAGGAGAGGCCUCACUUUGGCUGGCUGGAUGUGUGGUCCCACCACCACCACCACCACACUUUGAUUCUCGGCUAGGAUUCUGUAAAAGUCACAUUACCUGGAUGGCAGCAGCCAGAGACAUGAUGGUGCACUCUGUCCUGUAAGAUAAAGUGGACACGCUUUUGUGAGAGGAAACGCUCAGAGAGACACUUAGACGUGGCGUCUGAUGACAACAUUCAUGGACGGGGGAGCUAGUCUAGAUGAAGAGACUUAAAACUACGACUACUACAGCUACUGAUGGAGACUGUGAGGCGUGGUGGAAACUCUAUUCUUCACUAAGCGAGUGUUCAAACCAUAGACUGUAUAUAGAAUGGACAAAAUAAAUGUCGCAAUAUUGCAGGACGGGAAAACAUCGCUGAUGUGAACGCUUGUAUUGACAGGAUAUGGGUUCAAAAAAAUAUUGAUGUCCGAAAUAAUCGCACGAUAAAAACGGUCCCGGUGUGAAAGGAGCUUAAGGCUGGUUUUGUGCUCAAGUCCUCAACAGCCUUUUGGCGUUCAGGGAUUGUGUAGCUCACCCGGGGGGAUACGCUGUUUGAGCCGAGCAUCAUCACAGCGACUCUCGGCGACUCAACCGCCAAAUGCGUACAACGCUAGUGCGCAGCGCUGGUUUCAGGAAAUACUGAGAGCUUUUUGGCUUCAAAUCCAUAUUCUGGUGGGAGGCGGAACCAAGUUGUCCAUAGUUUAUACAGUCUAUGGUUCAAACACUUAGAUGAAGAGGAGGUCACAAUCACGAAUGUUGUGGAGGGAAAAACAGUUCACCAACAAUUCCUGCUUGCAAAUUUAAGUUCGAAUUAUCGAAAAGUCAAUUUUUUAGUUUGAUGUUACGCAAGAGUGUGUUGUAAAAUUCUUUUUCAACGCAGCAAACGAAAGCGAGGAUAUGAAGAAGACGGUCACGUAGCAAAAGAACGACGUCUGGAGGAAGAGGUGGGACAAUAUUUUACAAACAGAUUGAUCUCUGUCUUUAAGAAAACCUUCUAAAUUUAACUUUCUUUCUUUGCAGGAAUGGACUGAUGAAGACCUGAUUUGAGCAUUUAGAAAUUUUUGGGAUUGAACAAAAGUUUAGUUACUUCAUUCCAGUGUUAAAAUACGUAUAUUUACUUUUCUACAGAUUAUUGUUGACACUUGUCAUGCCUUUGUUCUGCAGGAAUAAAGAUAUUUUUCUAAAUUCU